CACUUGCUUGGAGUGCACUCACGGCCAACACGCACUGCAUCGCUCUCGAGCGCCCGAGACAAACAGCUUCCGAUUAGUUUCCGUUCAACAUUCAUCCCGACAAGAGGUUACGUUGUAGCGCGGUGCGUGUCGCUUUCGGGUCGCUUGCUCGGUAGACCGCGUGUUGCGGCCGCUUGUGUCGUGUGUUGUAUGUGCUGGCGUACGAUUGCGCACCAUCAACCAAACAAGUGACUUGUAUGCUCCGCCAAGGCAAUUCCGAAAACCGUCAGUCGUCGAUGGAACGUCCUAGCUGACGGAGCACGUGGACGAAACGUACGCGUGUCGAUUUGUGUUUGAAUUUGUUGUGCAGGUGCUUGGGUUUGAGGAUCAUUUUAAGGAUCUUUUGGGUGAUUUACGGCUGUACGGCGGAGAAUGGUGAAUGAACGAGACCCAAUCAAGGGUGCGGUGUGAUAAGCAGGGUUGAAGGCAAAUAUUUUCUUUCCCUAAAGCGAAAGGUGGCCAGAUGCUGCCGGUUAUCAAGCCGUCGUAAGCUGUAUUGAUAUCCACCUUUCCUAGAGUCUUCCGCCUGCAUUAGUCGUCCAGGCUUAGAGCUAACUGACGGUUUAUGUGCCAUUGUAAUAAGUCAGUGUUUGAAACAGUGUUUGGGAUUUUGCAUAAUUUUAUACAAACAACCGAAGCUAUCUAUGCGUUGUGUGCAGCGUGUGAUAAGACCUGUACCGAACGGUCAACUUCUAGUUAGUGUUCGGUAGUUUUUGGAUUGGAUAUUAAACUCCUCAUAACGCCAUACUCCCCAAUUCGACGAGGGAAAGUUUUAAAAGUAGUUUCAUCAUUUGCACCGUCCAACGUCGCAUUGACCUUGACCAUGAGUUUUACAUACCGAAAAGGAAAAUUGGUGGAGUAAAACAAAAACGUGUUUUCUUUAAGUGCUACAAAAAAAAGAAAAGAAGCUUAUUUCGUAAUCGUUCAACGCCAAACGGGCCAUUCAGUGUCAGGCAAUACGUAAAUAAACGUAUCACUUUGUCGAUUGGAGACUUUUUAACCAUGUCCACCACGUCCAGCUGGGACGACAGCGUGAAGAUGAACAACCCGACCUCGUCCGCCACAACACCGUCCGGCAAUACGGUGCAAACCGAGUCGACCAAAUGCGGCACCAGUUACGGUGAACCGUCCUCGCCGAUCGCAAUGGAGGAUGGUGUGUGUCCACCGAUCAAGGUCGGACCAGACGAGGAACCGCCAUUGCAAAGGCCAGCGACGCCACCUCGAUCGUACCAUUGCGGGUGGUUUGCGCUGCGUCCUAGAUGGAUGGAACGGUUCAUGACGCCCAAGUGGGCCCUGUUUUGGCUGUGCUGGGCCGGUGCCGUGCAAGGUUUGGUAGUGAACGGUUUCAUCAACGUUGUCAUCACGACCAUCGAGCGGCGGUUCGGUUUGCGUUCGACCCAAACUGGCCUGGUGGCCAGCGGUUACGAUAUUGCGUCCUUUCUCUGUCUUGUGCCGGUGUCAUACUUUGGUGGCCGGAUCGGUGCGUCCAAACCACGAUGGAUCGGAUGGGGUGUGGCGGUGAUGGGACUCGGUGCGUUCGUAUUCGCAUUGCCACACUUUCUCGUCGGACAGUAUCGGGCGACUAACUCGGAGCAGAACGUGUGUACUUUGGCAACAUUGUUGACCAAUGGUACAGGUGCUUCGGUGGAGGCACUAACAGAGCUUACAGGUUGCAGUCAUAACACGGGAUCGCCACUGGCAAACGGUGGACAAGCUUCGACAUCGGACAGUGAAAACUCGUCCUGGAAUGUGUGGUUCUUCUUUACUGCCCAGCUACUGCUCGGUGCGGGUGCAUCACCCUUGUAUACCCUCGGCGUUACCUACAUCGACGAGAACGUCUCGAAGAAAAUGUCUUCCGUGUAUUUGGGUAUUUACUACACAAUGGCCGUUGUUGGACCAGCUGCCGGUUAUGUCAUCGGUGGACAGUUGCUGCUCUUCUACACGGACAUGUUCGUCGUCGAUGCUACCACUCUCGGUCUAACCCCGCACAGCAAGGUGUGGGUCGGUGCCUGGUGGGUGGGAUUCGUUUUCAUGGCUGCGUUCUGUUUGCUGUUGGCCAUCCCAAUCCUUGCCUAUCCGCCCGCACUGCCCGGGUCGGAAAAGCUGCAGAAAGUGUCGGAAGCUCAUCGGGGUGGUGAUGGCGACGGGGAGCGUAAUCAGGAAGCGUUCACCAAGAUCAAGCAGAUUCCACGUGCGCUGUUGGCGCUGCUACGCAAUCCGACGUUUUUCUUUCUCAACCUGGCCGGGGCUUCCGAGGGGCUGGUCAUUUCCGGGUUUGCCGUUUUUCUGCCGAAGCUGAUCGAGAAUCAGUUCAGUGUGACGGCGGUCUGGUCCGCACUGCUGAUGGGAAUAAUCACGGUGCCUGCCGGUGGUGGUGGAACAUUUUUGGGAGGAUAUCUUGUGAAAAAGUUACACCUUUCCUGUUCGGGCAUUAUCAAAUUUUGCCUUUUUGCAACGAUUUUUGCCGCCCUGUUUACGGUGUGCUUUUUCCUAUCCUGUCCGAAUCUAACGUUUGCCGGUGUGACAGCACCCUAUUUUCCGCACGAAAAUCUCGACAGCCCUUACGCACACUCGACGGAACCGCGCGAUCUAUACUAUCUGCCCAAGAAUCUGGACAACGCGUGUAACGACCGUUGUGCCUGCAGCCGGCGUAACUACGAACCCAUCUGUGGGGCGGACGGGAUCAUGUACUACUCGCCGUGUCACGCUGGGUGCAGCGAGGAAAUCAAUCUGGAAAACGCCAAAGUGUACCGAGACUGUACCUGUAUCAAUGCAACGUUCCAUGGUGAGAUGGGACCACUGUACGGUGGAGGGAGUUACGAUGCGGUCAACACGAUGUGUCAGUCGCAAUGUGAUCAUUUGUGGAUUUUCGUGGUACUUUGCUUUUUGGUGAUGUUCUUCACCUUUCUCGCCACGAUGCCGGCACUGUCGGCGACGCUGCGGUGUGUCCACGACGAUCAACGUUCGUUUGCGCUUGGAAUACAGUGGAUAAAGGUCCGUGUACUUGGUACCAUCCCAGCGCCAAUGAUCUUCGGACGGCUUAUCGAUGAAACGUGCAUCUUGUGGCAGGAAUCGAGCUGUGACGAUCAUGGCGCUUGUUUGGUUUACGAUAAUGCAUUCAUGAGCAAGUACAUGUUAUUACUAGCGCUAAUCGGCAAAGCGUGUUCCAUACUGUUCUUCUUCGGAGCUUGGUUCUACUACAUCCCGCCGAAAGUGAUCACCAAUGGCGACUCACACCAGCAGCAAGACGCUCCAAACCAAAAGCUAACCUCAAACGGUCACAUAAACCCUAUCACAGUGGAAAAGUAUUGAUUUUAUCGUUCGAUCAAUCACGACGCCACCGUUGCUCAAAACUCGUCACCCUCAAACGGUAGUAGCCAUUGCUAAAAGUCAUAUUCAUAUUCUUAAGUGUCAUAGUAGUCGUGUUUGUUUCUUCGUUAGCGCAUUCCAUCAAGUAUAUCGAUAUUUAUCGCCAAUUUUUGUCAUAUGUACUAUGUAAAGAACCAAAAAUCAAAAUACGUAGCGAUAGCGCCAAUAAGUUUCAGUAUUUAGUAAAGGUAGAAUGUAGCGCGGGAAUCGAUUCUCCCGGAUAAGGUUGAAGGUUUUUGCUAUUGGUCCUAACUAGAUUUCAUUUCGUUAUUUUCAUCAAGCGUAGAAUGUAUCUAUCUAGGUAUAUGGCCAAAUGAAUCUCAGGAUUGACUGACACUAAAGUAAGCACAAAUGCUAUUCUCAGUUUUGUAUUAAGUCCUUUUUAAUGCAUCACCUAAUCCUGAUAAUGACCAUUUUUCGUACAGAUUUAGAAUAUGUAUGUAUGUACUGCCAAACAAAGCUAAAGUGUAGAAUAUAUAGUUGGUAAGAUGCAAAUUUAAAUAAAAUGAAACCUUGAACUAAGAAAUUUGGUGCAUGAUAUACUGUAACAUAUAGAUAUCAAGAAAACAGGAAAGAAAUAUUUGGUUGGAUGAUUUGGAAAUUUGGAAAUUUGGUUGGAAAUGUUAAGUUGUAAAUCUAUUUAAAACUGUGUUUAACUUAUAAUUUCAUAUAAAAAUUACCCAACACAUACCAUUUGGAUGAAUUCGUUUUGCACGGUUGAAGAACUGUCCGUUUUUUUCCUUCAAAUACAUAGAGAAGAUUGCUUAAGCUAUUGUCCAACAGAUGGCGUCGUACUCAUUACGGAAAUGUUAAGGUAGGCAUACACGGCUAAAAUUUACUGCAAUAUUCCUACAUUCUGUUAAAAACAAUACAAAUAAAUAGGUUUUCGAUUUACCAUCUUUGAUAAUACGUCUAUAAUUUAAAACAAGUCAAACAUAGCUAAAUUUUGCUUGAAAUUCAUUAAUUCU